AUGGCUGACAGAGGCGAGCACAACCCAACCUGCUGCCGCGAGUCAAAAUCUGGAAGUCCCCGGAGUCGCGACUACAAACCCAACUUUGGAGAUACUCAAAGAUCGUACUCAGCGUCUACCCCACCUAACUCACGCCGUGGUCAUCGUGGCAACAAUGGACGACGCAGACGAAAUAUGACCCCAUUUGAGCGGGCCACCUCGGAAUUCGUUUCCAUCGAAGAAGGAAGAUUACGUCUUGAAGAGAUGCGCAUAAACAGAGAGCAUGAAAGGGAAAUGGCACGAAUAAAUGUCGAAUAUCAAAUCAACGAAUUAUUACAAAAAAUUGCAGAUAACAUCGAACGAUGGUUAAUGCGCGGCACAACA